AUCUGUGUCAUCAACAUGUCUGUCUGGCUAUGACAUGCUUUUCUGGCAUUUCAACAGACCCCUAGGAAAAGUAAGAAUCUUAAAGUUGAUAACUUAUACCAAAUAAUAUCUCACAGGAUAGUUAUUGCAACUUAGUUAGCUUGCACUGUCUCUGAAACUCUGUGCUACUUUCUCACUCCUUUGUUCUUAUCUUUGUGAAAAAUUGAAGUAAGGAAAAACUCAGGCUGAGAUCACCUGGCGCUGGGUUCUUCGCUGCUACACCCGUGAACUGCUAACGUGCGCUUUGAAGCCAUGGGAGGGAGAGGCAGACCUAAGAAAAACCAGAUGAAGAUCUCAAUCAACGACCAUCGAUCAACAGAAGCGAGAAAUGCAGUAUUAGAAUUGUUUGUAUCACCAAAGGGAUACGAAUUGAAGAACCAACUGGAAAUUGUACUCCUAGGAGCAUACAGAGUGAGCUGAUCAAGGAGGAAGCAUAUCCAUCUAUAGAUAAAGGCAAAUCGAAGGAAGUUGAUGUUACACCUGUAGCUGUGCAAGCUGUAGGUGGUGGAUCUGGUAGCGAGAAAGCUCAAACACGAGGAAUGAAGCCGAUCAAAAAUGGAACAGUACUAUGCAGCUCAAGUACUGUUGACAGUGCGGAAAAUGGUGAGACAAGGAAUGAACAGAGGAAUCAGUCCCGGGCAAAUAUGGUGGUAGGUAACAAAUUGGCCAUGAAAGGUAUGAAUUUACAGUUCAUAGCUCCGAUAGUCCAAAACGGCGAGAAAAUAGCGAAAUUAGAAAUUGAAGAUGUUGAACAAGAAACUGAGAAAUUGAGAUCUGUUAUUGUCAUGUAUGUAAUUGGGGAAACGCCUACUAUUGGAGCAAUGGAUAGAUUCCUGAGCUCAGUGGAUAAGUUUUCAGUUAAGCCACAGAUCUAUUACCAUAAUGAAGGUUAUUUUGUGAUAAGAUUUAGCAAUUUGGAGGAAAAAAACCAGGUGUUAUAUUUUGGACCUCACACAGUCAACAACAGGCCUAUAAUCAUGAAAGCAUGGUCAGAAGAGUUCAAUGUACAAAAUGAAGUUCUGAAAACUAUUCCCUUAUGGGUGAGAUUCCCUAACCUACCUAUCAAUUGUUGGAGUAUGAAAGCAUUAAGAAAGAUAGGUAGUACAUUGGGGAAUCCGGUGUAUGCUGAUGAAUGCACUACUGGCUCAAUUAGGAUUUCUUAUACAAGAAUGCUAAUUGAAAUGAAUAUCACUAAACCUCUACCUAGGUCUGUGAAGCUACAAGACCCUAAGGGGAGGUUAAUCCUACAGGAAGUUACUUAUGAUUGGGAGCCAAAAUACUGCACAAAGUGUUUGAAAAUAGGACAUGAUUGUGCUGAGAUUAAAACAGCACAAUCACAACGGAUGAUUCAACAGCGGAAGGUGAUCAACGACAAGCAAGUUUGGCUCAAAAUAGAUAGAGAUAGUUGAAAUGAAAAGAAGGUGAAUGAACAACAGAAAUAACUGAGCCUACUCAACAGUCAGAGCCAGAAUCAAAAGACAAAGAUGCACAAAAAAAGGAUGAGGGGUGGAUAAUAGUCCUUGGAAAAUCAACAGCUAGGGGAGCUAAGGCUAAACAGCUUGAGGAGCAGAAAUUAGCUGGGAGCAAUGGAUUACAAAGCUUGGCAAAGGACCAAACACAUGAUGAGCCAGGUACAAGCAAAAUGCAGAUAAGGAGCCCAGAGGUGCAGGAACUGUAUCACCAUCCCUACUUUAUACCUGUAUGAGUGUGAUAACAUGGAAUGUUAGGGGGUUGAAUAAAACAUAUAAGCAAAAAGAGGUAAAGGAGUUUAUAAAAAGGAAUAAUAAAGCAGUCAUAGCAUUAGUGGAGCAUAGAGUAAAAGAGCACAAAACAAAUGAGGUGAUCAAAAAGAUUGCACCUGGAUGGAAAUGGGCAUCCAACACUAGUGCAAGUCAUAAGAGUAGAAUAUGGAUAAUUUGGGACCCUAGGAUAUAUACCUUUGAACCAGUGGAAGUAGAUGAACAAUUGAUACAUGGUCAAAUCAGACUUAUUUCAAAAGCAGUCACAUUUAGCUUUUCAGCAAUAUAUGGCCUACAUACUAUUAAAGACAGAUUGAAGCUAUGGAGCAAGAUGAGACAGAUUCAUAGUAUUCAGCAAGGUCCUUGGCUAGCUAUGGGGGAUUAUAAUGUUGUUUUACAUCCACAAGAUAGACAAUAUGGAUCUAAGGUACAAGAGAUGGAAACAAAAGACUUCAAGGAGUAUAUGAGUGACACAGGGAUGAAUGAAUUACAAUAUGUGGGAAGGAGUUACACAUGGACUAACCAUCAUACUUAUAGUAGGAUAGACAGGGGGCUUGUGAAUGCCAACUGGAUGAUGACAAUGCCAAAUGUGAAAGUGCAGGUCCUAGAGCCACUAGUAUCUGACCAUUCACCACUAAAGUUAGUGAUCACUCAGGCACAAGGAAAGAAGAGCAGGCCAUUCAGAUUUUUCAAUUGCAUUGCCGAUCACCCACAAUUCAUGCAACAAAUUGAGAUAGCUUGGAAAUAAAGGAGUACAAAAGGGAUAAUGCAGGUAGUAUGGAACAAUCUUAAAAGUACAUAUGAGGCAAUCAAAAGAAUAAACAUACAGCACUAUAAAGGGGUUGAUGAAAGGAGAAAGGAGAUUAGGAAGGAGCUACAGUCGGUGCUAGAGAAAAUGAGCUUUAGACUACAGAAUAAAGAGCUGAUUGAGAAAGAGAAAGCAUUGAAGUGUGAACUAGAAAAAUGGGGAAAGAUUGAAGAGAGUAUAUACAAACAAAGAUCUAGAGUACAAUGGUUGAAGCUGGGAGAUUCAAACUCAGCCUAUUUCUUUGCACAAAUGAAGAAUAAGAGCCAUUGUAAUGGAAUCCAGAGUCUAACAAAUGAUGUGGGAACUCAGCUUGUAAUGGAGGAUGAUAUAGAAACAGAAAUAUUAUGGUACUACAAGAAGUUACUGGGGUCAAGAGCUGAAAGUAUUCCAGCUAUCAACCCAAAUGUCAUGAAACUGGGUGCAAAAUUAAAUAGGGAUCAACAGCUUUAGCUUAUCAAGUCAGUAACCAAGGAAAAAGUAUGGGCAACACUUAAGGAUAUUAGUGACCUAAAAGCCCCAGGCUAUGAUGGGUUUAAUGCUAUGUUCUUUAAGAAAGCUUGGCAAAUUGUAGGAGAGGAUAUAACACAGGCUGUAAUGGAAUUCUUUGAAAUAGCUCAUAUGUACAGACCUGCCAAUUAUACAGCAAUUACUUUAGUCCCUAAAGUCAGGAACCCUGCUAAUGUUAAAGAAUACAGACCUAUCUCAUGUUGCACUGUAUUAUACAAAGUGAUUUCCAAGGUAUUAACUAAGAGGUUGCAAGGAGUUAUGGAUACACUAAUUGACAACACACAUUCUGCAUUUGUGCUUGGUAGAGUAAUUACUGAUAACAUUAUCCUGAGCCAUGAACUAGUGAAAGGAUAUGGAAGGAAAGGGGUAUCACCUAGAUGUAUGAUGACUCAAUUGAAUGGCCUUUCAUGGAACAGGUGCUGAAUGCUUUGGCCUUUCCAGACCAAUUUGUGAGAUGGAUCAUGGCUUGUAUGGAAACUGUUAUAUAUACAGUUAUGAUUAAUGGAGCUCUGACAAAGCCUUUUGAAGCCAAGAAGGGGUUGAGGAAAGGGGACCCAAUGUCUCCAUUCCUGUUUGUGCUGGCAAUGGAAUAUUUAACAAGGAGAUUAAAGACACUAAAUCAAAACCCAGACUUCAACUAUCAUCCCAAGUGUGCAAAGAUGCAAAUUUUGCAACUUGGUUUUGCUGAUGAUCUUUUAUUGUUUUGCAGGGGUGAUAUAGGGUCAAUUAAACUACUGUUCCAUUAUUUUAUGGAGUUCUCAAAAGCUGCAGGUCUGGUGAUUAACAAAAACAAGAGUUCUAUAUUCUUUGGAGGGGUCUCACAAGAUGCACAGGAGGAAAUCCUAAAAUUCCUAGGAAUUCAGAGAGGGGAACUGCCAGUAAGAUACCUAGGUGCCCCACUAAAUUCAAAAAGAAUAUCCAUAGUACAAUGCCAACCUCUAAUUGAUAAAACAGUGGGCAGAAUCACUUCAUGGACUGCCAAAUUUCUAUCCUAUGCUGGAAGGAUUCAACUGAUAAAGAGUAUUCUAUUCUCUAUCCAAACCUACUGGACACAAAUCUUUGUGCUCCCUAAAAAAAUCACAAAGCUAAUUGAAGAAAUCUGUAGAAGUUUCUUGUGGACAGGAGAAGGCAGUAUUUCAAAGAAGGCUCUAUUGGCAUGAGAGAAAGUCUGUCUACCCAAAUCAGCUGGGGGAUUUAACAUUAUAAACAUAGCCAUCUGGAACAAAGCUGCCAUAUGUAAACAAUACUGGAAUCUUUGUAAAGAAAAGAAGAAGUUGUGGAUACAAUGGAUGUACAAUUACUAUAUCAAAGAGACACAUAUAGGAAAUUCAACUGAAACAAACAUCCUGGAUAGUAAGUAAGAUCAUUAAAGCAAAGAAGACAUUUAUGGAGGCAGGAUUCAGCUAUGAUGAUAUUAUAAAGAUGAACAACUGUUCGAUAAAAGACAUAUACCACAGACUGCGAGGAAGAUUUGACAAAGUCAGCUGGAGAAGAGUCGUUUGUCACAACACAGGAUGCCCUAGGUGGACUUUUGUUCUAACUAUGGCAGCACAUGGCAAAUUAUACACGAGAGAUAGACUACAGAGUUGGGGAGUACAAGUGGAUCAAGAAUGUGUUCUAUACAAGCAAGCUAAUAAAACCAUAUAACAUUUGUUCUUUGAAUGCUCAUAUGCAAAUGCAUUAUGGAGCAUAUUGUUAGCACGACAAGGGAUUAAAAGAUCAGUAAAUAGAUGGGAUGAGGAACUAAGAUGGGCUGAGAAGUGGACUAAGAGGAAAACAGCAGCAGCUGAGCUAUAUAAAAUGGUAUUAGCAGCAACAGUAUACUAUUUGUGGCAAGAAAGGAAUGCUCGAACUUUCCAAGCUAAGACAAAAGGGUGGGAGUUAAUAUGCAAGAAGAUAAUACAAGAGUUGCAUUGUCCAAGUAGUAGGCAUACAGAGAAUAUCCUACAUAGCCUAGACUGGUAUCUGUUGCAAUAGAUAAGAAAUGUGUAAAUAAUAAGAAAAUGGGGAGGGGUGAAGUAUAGGAAAGCAGGAUCAUAUGUAAGGGUUUUGAUUUACUUAUAAAUACUUCCCUGGUAAUGAAAAAAGUUAAUUACCAAAAACAAA